GUUGAGUUUUCUAUUGAUCUUCUGAGAACUUCCUCCCUGAAUUACCCUGAACAAACAGAGCAGCUAAAACUGCCCUGCUGCCUGCAAGAGCCUCAGACACACCUGUACACCUGUAUACCUGCACACCUGAUCACCUGAUCCGCAGGUUUAAGACUCUACUGGACGCUGUGUUUGCUGGAUGUUAAACUGCAGGAUUAUAAAGAAAAUGAUGUGAAUCUGAAGAAAAGAAAGGAGGGAUUAAUCACUGAAUCAUGUCCAUCACUGUUUACCUGAAGACCAUCUAUAACCUGCCCGGGAAAUAUGAUCGCAAAGUGGAACUGUCCUUUAGAGAUUUUACACACAAAACCAAGAUUCUGCAGUGUGAAAACGUCGCCAUCUUUAAGGAGAACUUCAGGUGGCCACACUAUGGGAAGAUCCAGAAGGAUGAGGUUUUGACCAUCAGUGUUUACAACAGCAGCAGGAUGUUCAGUAACAGGCUGUUGGGGAAGCUGGUGGUGAGUCUGCAGCAUGUAGUAACAGCAGGACGGCUGGUUUUGAGAGAGCCGCUAACAGACAGUAAUUACAGCCUGACUGAUAUUUAUGUGGAGCUGGAUGUGAGGUAUCAUCCUCUGCAAGGUGCGGCUGGAGAAUGGAGCGGUGAAGAUUUUACGAAGGUGGAGGACAGAGAUGAGUCAGGUCUGGUCAUUAAGAACACAGGCUUUCUUGAUCCUGGAAACCUGCGUCCGCAGCAGUUGGAUCGAGAUGCCAGGAUGCUCGGGCGCAGUCUGAUGAAGAUAGAUAAUGAAGAUGGAGAGGACGAUGAUGACGAUGACUAUGAUGAUGAUUAUGAUUUUUCAGACUUGGAAAUUUCCAGCAUGACAUUCACUCCCAUCCUGAGUCGCUGUAGAGCUUUAUCGAAGCAUGAGCUCGCUGCAGCCCCUAAAGUGAAGAGCUUCCAGGUGAAUGUUAACGUGAUCGAGGCUCAGAAUCUGGUUGGUGUGAACAUUAACCCGGCCGUGUACAUCACUGUGGGACACGAGAAGAAGCGUACAGCUACCCAGAAGUCCACCAACUGUCCGUUCUACAACGAGAACUUCAUGUUUGAGUUCCAGGAAACGCAGGAUGUUCUUUUCGAUAAAGUUAUCGAGAUUUCUGUGGUUCACAAAAAAACCCUUGCGUUUUUGAUGACUCGCAUCGGCACCUUCAAGAUCGACAUCAGCACAGUUUACCAGCAGCCAGAUCACAGAUUCUAUCAGAAAUGGGCUCCGAUCACCGACCCGAAGGACACUCGCUCCGGGGUGAAGGGUUAUGUGAAGUGUACUCUCAGUGUGAUGAUGAAGGGAGACUCUAUGAACAUGGCCAGCCUCCCUCCCGCCACCAGCCAGAACGAGGACAUAGAGAGAAACCUGCUGCUUCCUAAGCGGAUGGCGGCGGAGCGUCCCUGGGCUAAGUUCCUGCUGAAGAUCUACCGGGCGGAGGACCUGCCCAGUAUGAACGCUGGCUUUCUGGGCAGCUUCUCUAAAAUGAUGGGAGAUAAGAAGGUUUUUAUCGACCCGUAUGUUCAGGUCACGUUCGCCGGCCAGCAGGGAGAAACGUCGGUGGUGAGUAACACUAACGCUCCGGAGUGGAACGAGCAGAUCUCCUUCAUAGAGCAGUUCCCCCCCCUCGCCCGCCGGAUUAAAGUUCAGAUCCUCGACGACUCCAACAUGGGGGACGUAGCCGUGGCCACGCACUUCCUGGACCUCCAGCAAAUCUCCAACCCCAACAGAAACGGGUUUAACCCCACGUUUGGUCCGUCCUGGGUGAAUCUGUACGGAUCUCCUCAGAACUCCACUCUGAGAGAUAUCCACCAGGAUCUGAACGAGGGUCUGAGCGACGGGAUCUUCUACCGAGGCCGAGUUCAGCUGAGCCUGAGCGUCGAGAUCUACUCCUCCCCCACCACCGCCGUCAUCGAGAACAAAUCCUCCCUCAGCAUCAAGAGUCCCCUCAGCAAACUCACCUUCAAACGCAAGAGCAGGAAAUCCAGAGAGAGCAAAGAGAGCGCCGGUGCUCAGGCUGCGAGUGGUCCUGCUGAGGAAUCUGAAGCUUCUGAGGUUCCUGAAGCUGUAACUGUAGAAGUGGAGGAGAUCCAUCCUCUUCCUGAGAAUUUUGCGGGGGAGAAGGAAGAAUUCCUGCUCUUUGCUUCUUUCUUUGAAGUGACGAUGAUUGAUCCGUCUAUUGGCUCCAAAUUCGUCACCUUUGAGCUCUCUAUAGGUAAUUACGGUAAAACAGCGGAUGUGGUGGUGAAGUCGAAGAAGAGCGGCAGUCGAGAGGACCUGAGUGAGGACAGGCAGGGGCUGCUGGAGUCUGAUGAUGAGCUGGAGAGGGAGGAGCCUGCUGCUGGACCUCUGGAUAAAUCUGUUACAGCGCCGCGGAGAGCCCAGCCCACAGAAUACGACGGGUCCUUCAGCUGUAUUUCUCUGUUGCGGGAGAAACCCUGUAUCUACGUCUGGAACUACUUCGAGGAUCACACCUUCCGUUACCACAACUGCAACUGGCUUUCCAAGAUGGCCGACAGACUGGAAUAUGGAAUAGAUGAGGUGGAGAUGCUUCUGAAAAGACCCAGAAGUAACGCCAAAGAGCGUCUGAUGGAGGUUCUGCUGGAGUUCGUCUCCACCUGCAAGCAGUACAGCUCCAGUCUGGACAGGAAGCGUCAGGCUCGACCCAACCCCCUGGACAAGCAUCGCUCCACCUUCAUCAAGAGAAAUAUAAUAAUUCUGGCUAAACAAGCUCUGCGGGUGAGGAGGAGAGUGACCCGGCGGACGGUCAGGGAUAAGCUGGCUGAUGUUCGGCGCAUCCUGAAGAGAAUACACUUUCUCACCAAAGAGCCCCAGAGUACUCUUCCGGAUGUGUUUCUGUGGAUGAUGAGUGGAGGUAAACGAGUGGCGUAUGCCCGAAUUCCAGCUCACACCGUCCUCUUCUCAUUGGUGGAGGAAGAGAGGGGUAAAGACUGUGGUAAAGUCAGCACCAUCUACAUGAAGACUCCUGGGGGGCCGCUGGGGGAGAUCUUUGCUAAGCUGGAGGUCUACAUGUGGCUCGGCGUCACAAAAUAUUCGAAGAACUGUGUUACGAGUCUUCCUGCGGAGUUCAGACCCGUAUACGAAGGGGCAACUUUUGGUACCCCGUUACCCCCCAACAUGCCCCCGACUAAACUAGCAGUGGAGGACAGCAGGUAUUUCCAGCUGCGUGCUCAUAUCUAUCAGGCUCGGGGAAUCAUCGCUGCUGAUGAUAACGGACUCUCAGACCCCUUCACUAAAGUAGUGUUCUCCACUCAGUGCCAGGUCACACAGGUGAUGGAGGAGACUCUGUCUCCGACGUGGUGUGAGCUGCUGCUGUAUGAUCAGAUUCUGAUGGAGGGCAGUAAAGAUGAUUUCAGGAACGACCCGCCCGUCAUCAUCAUCAACUUCUACGAUUACAACAAACUCGGGAGUGCUCAGUCUCUGGGUCGGGCGUUUGCGGAGCCGGAGCUGAAGUUUGUGGAACAGCCGUAUAAGAAGCCGAUGCUGAAGUUCUUUGAGAUCAGUAAAGGGAAGAGUAAAGCAGGAGAGCUGCUGGCGGCGUUCGAACUGAUCGAGCUCGACUACUCCGGAUUCGGGGAGCCAGCUCUGCCACUGGAUGUAGACCCGAGGGAACCGGAGUACCUGGAGGCAGAAAAGUGCUACAUCAUACCUGAGGGGGUUCGGCCUGUUCUGAAGAAGUUCAGGAUAGAGGUUCUGUAUUGGGGUCUGAGGGAUCUGAAGCGGGUGAACCUGUUCGAGGUGGAGAAGCCUCAGGUGAGGAUGGAGUGCUCGGGGCAGCUGAUCGAGUCCGGAGAGAUCGAGAGCUACAAACAGGACCCCAACUUUAAAGAGGUCGUCAAACACUUCGACGUGGAGCUACCUGAGCUGGUGUACCUGCAUCCUCCUCUCACUAUCUUCGUGUUGGAGCAGCGAGCGUUUGGGCGGAUGGUUCUGGUCGGGACCCACGUGGUUCAGAGUCUGAUGAACUUCGCUCCAGAGGAGCUGGACGAGUGGAAGGAUGAGGAGGAGGAGGAGCCUGAGGAGAAAAAGCCUGUAAAGCGGACGCCGCUGCAGACGGUGGUGAGCAUGGACCUGAGAGGACUUCCACUGAAGGACACCAAAAUACCCAUCAACCCCCUCAACCUCGUUACUGCUCCACUAAAAGCAGUGACCAAAAAGGAGGAGGAGCUUGAGGAGGAGGAGCCAGAAAAGGAGGAGCUUGAUUGGUGGUCGAAGUAUUACGCGUCACUGGCUGAACUGGAAAAAGAGGAGGACAACGAUGAUGAUCUGGAUGAUCCUCAGGAUGGAGAAGGAGGAAACUUUCUAAUUUCUACUUUAGAGGAGGAGGACGAUGCUGUGGUGGUGGAGAUAGAGCCUCCAGCGCCGAAGAGGAAGAAGAUCUCCACGCUAAAGCUUUAUAAAUCAGAGCUGGAGAACGAGUUCAGUCAGUUUAUGGACUGGCUCCACACUUUCCCCAUCUACAAAGGUAAAGCCAACCUCGAGGAUGAGGACGACGAUGACAGCGACAGAAUCAUGGGCAAAUAUAAGGGGUCGUUUCUGAUUUACCCGAUUUCAUCUGAAGAGCAGGAGGAGGAGGAGGACAUAGACUUCCAGAUCACCAGAGGAAUCCCCAAAAACAGCCCAAUCAAAGUGCUCACCCGAGUGUAUGUGGUGAAGGCCACUAAUCUGGCUCCAGCUGAUCCGAAUGGGAAGGCUGAUCCGUACGUGGUGGUGAAGAUCGGACAGCAGCAGCUGGACAGUAAAGAACGCUACAUCCCCAAACAGCUCCACCCCGUGUUCGGAGAGGUGUUUGAGUUGACCGUAUCGUUUCCUCUGGAGACGGAACUGAACAUCAUCAUAUUUGAUCAUGAUCUGGUGGGAUCAGACGAUAUGAUUGGAGAAACUCGUAUCGAUCUGGAGAACCGGUUCUACAGCCGCCAUCGGGCCGGGUGUGGACUCGCUCUGUACUACGACAAGGACGGCUAUAAUAAAUGGAGAGAUAGCAGGAAACCCUCUGCUAUCCUGGCUGAUCUGUGCCGUAAAAACGGCAUCCCAUCCCCCGAGUACAGAGACACGGAGGUGAAGGUUCUCAACAAGAUCUUCAAAAUACCCAACGAGGCUUUUCCUGAAGAGCUGCUGAAGAAGAAUAAGAAGACGGAGGAGGACUAUGCGGAGAUGGAUGAGCACCGGGCGCUCAGUGUUCUGCAGCGGUGGGCGGAGAUGAGGGAGUUUACUGUGGGGGCGUGUCCUCUGGUUCCGGAGCACGUGGAGGUCCGAUCACUGCUGAACCCGGAGAAACCGGGUCUGCCACAGGGGUAUCUUCAUAUGUGGAUUGAUAUGUUUCCUGUGGAUGUUCCUCCUCCUCCACCCGUCAAUAUCAAACCCAGACUUCCUGUUAGUUAUGAGUUGCGGGUGAUUAUCUGGAACACUGAUGACGUGGUGCUGGAUGAUGUGAAUCCGUUCACAGGCGAGCCGUCGAGUGAUAUCUACGUUAAAGGCUGGAUUAAGGGUCUGGAUGAUGAGAAGCAGGAGACUGAUGUGCAUUUUAAUUCGCUGACGGGCGAGGGGAACUUCAACUGGCGCUUUGUUUUCCACUUUGACUAUCUGCCCACGGAGAAAGAGAUCGUCUACAAGAAGAAGGAGUCCAUCUUCUCUCUGGAGGAGUCGGAGUUCCGGCAGCACGCCGUCCUCGUCCUGCAGGUCUGGGAUUACGACCGGAUCGGAUCCAACGAUUUUCUGGGUUCGAUCGAGCUGCGGCUGAAUGAUAUGGUUCGAGCGGCGAAAUCCUCGGAGCUCUGCAGCGUGAAGAUGGCUAAAGAAAAGGCCAGCCCUCGAUUCUCCAUCUUCCGCAGUAAGAGGAUGAAGGGCUGGUGGCCUCUGAUCAAACUGAAGAGUCAGGAGGACAUCGAGAGGGAGGAGAGAGAGAGAGAGAUGGAGAAGAAGAACAAAAAGAAGAAGAAGAAGAAACAGAGCAAGAGGGGAAAGAUGAAGCCUGAGGACCUGCAGUUCGUGGACAGCACAGGAAACACCUUCCUGUUAAUGGGUAAAGUGGAGGCGGAGUUUCAGCUGGUUACGGCUGAAGAAGCUGAGAAGAAUCCUGUGGGAAAAGCUCGAAAAGAACCAGAGCCACUGGAUAAACCAAAUCGGCCGAAGACGUCCUUCAACUGGUUUGUGAAUCCGAUGAAGACGUUUGUUUUCUUCAUCUGGAAGAAAUAUAAGAAAUACAUCAUCGUUUUGGUUAUUCUGGCCAUUCUGGCGCUUUUCCUCUUCCUGAUCUUAUACACCUUACCCACUCACAUCAGCCAGCUCAUCGUCAGCGGAUAAAUAAUAAAACCAGAAACAUCAAAAACAUCAAACAAUUAAGAGUAAACUAUAAAACUA